GUGUCUCAGGCUCGCCGCAACUGACGCAGCACUGAUGCUGAGAUGGUGCGCGAUUUACUUAAGCAGGUCUUUAAAGAUCCCUCUGCGACGGCCCGCGCCAGAUAGCACGCCAGGUUGAUGUCUGUUGUCGUAUUAUCUCUGCUUAUACAUGAGUACAUCAUAUUGUCUAAAAGAAACCUGGGCCCGCGUCUCGAUCGCCGAGUAUUACAUACAGUCCACGUCGUUGUUGAAUAAUGAUGAUAUCAUUGUCCACUUCAUCCUCAUGCCUGCUGCGGCUGGUUGAUGAUGCCGACUGCGAUUGUUUUCUCAUCAACGGUUCCGUUCCGACGUACUAUGCCAAACGCAUGUUCUACGACUUUAGAUCUCUCUCACAAUACGCUGGCAUCCCGGAUGUGAGGACAAAUUCAUCAACCGCGCACUUGGCACCUUACUCGAGUGAUUAUUUCAGCCACGACAACUGGACCGACGUGUGGGGCAUACAAACAUGGGACAACAGUUACGGGCCAGGUGAAGGACUGUCGAACGAUGCAUACGUCCUCAUGAUCAAUUCGCGGAGUAACGUCUUUAUCGAAGAAAACCGUGACGACGACGCUGCUUCUGACACAUAUAUGACGUUGCGGACAAAGCGAAUGCCAGGCUUUCAAACUGUCUCAGAAUUCCAAAGUGUUAAAAACAAUUAUCGCUUUGUGUCCAUGCGAAUGCUAGCACGAACUAUUGGGAGCGCCGGGGCGGUAACCGGCAUGUACACCUACCGGGAUGAGUCCGGGGAGUUGGCCGACAUUCAGGAAUCCGAUGUUGAGAUUUUAACCCGUGACGACGGCGGUGAAAUUCCAAGGGCGACGAGGAAUGCGACUACGCCGGACUGGUCCGAUUGGCUUGUACACCGCCUGGACUGGACCCCCGAAGUGGUAAAAUGGUAUGUCAACGGCGAAGAAGUCGCAAGCAUACAGUUUCAGACGCCGAAAGAUGCAACGGACCUCCACUUCAGCGCGUGGAGUGAUGGUGGCACGUGGAGUGAUGGUGGCACGUGGAGUGGCAACAUGUCCAUGAACGAUGAGGCAAGCCAGCAGAUCCAAUGGAUCGAGGUGUUGUAUAAUACCACAACCAAGAACUUGGUGGAGGAGAACUUCUGGGCGACGAAGCGCGAUGAGGAUACGUGCAACGCAGUAUGCAGCAUUGAUGAGACAACCGACGCAGGAAAAACUACUGUUCUGUGGGAUAAUGCAGGCGUCGGAAUGUCUGACGGCCGAGUUGGAGGUUGGGUAACUUGGAUAAUAGCAACAACGCUGGGCUUUAUUAUAUGGAUUUGA